UCAAGACACCAAUGUGUGAGUAAAUCCCCGUCCCCUUCUUACUUUUGAUCCAAAAAAACAUAACACAUCAAUUAUUAACACCACGUAAUUGUAUGUAUGAGUAAUGGACUUUAAAACUGGUGGGGAUAAGUCAAAGUAGCAAAUAGCCCGCCGAAACUACAAAACCAUUUGCUUGUUUGCGGGCUCUCUCCCUCUCUCCUUCGUUGUGCUCCAAAAAACCAAGACCCGAGCUAAGAGAUGCAAAGUACUAGUAUGCUGAACAAGAUCAGUCACAGGUGUAAGUAGAUAUGUCAAAACUUGGAUUUUUUAUGGAGAGGAAAACAACAUUGUGGUAAAAGAAAUCAACAGAAUUUGUUUGGCUGGUAAUCUGAGGGGCAACGUUAGAGGACCCUUUACAACUAUGCUCACCCGGAAUUUACUCUCAGUCAAUGUACCUUGUUUGAGAGGUUUUUCAUCAGCGGCUGCGAGUUUUCUUAGAACUGGGGAUACAUUGAAGCUAUCUAGAAUAUUCACAAGUGAAGAUGUUUUAGAGUACUCCAAAGUGAGUCAUGACUCUAAUCCUCUGCAUUUCGAUUCUGAGUCCGCUCGAAAUGCCGGAUUUGAAGAUCGACUGGUUCAUGGGAUGCUUGUUGCUGCCCUGUUUCCCAAGAUCAUAUCUUCUCACUUUCCUGGGGCUAUAUAUGUUUCCCAAAGCUUGCAUUUCAGGUUGCCCGUCUAUAUUGGCGAAGAGAUUGUUGGCGAGGUAGAAGCAACUAAUAUAAGAGAACAGAAGAACAGAUGCCUAGUGAAAUUCAAGACAGCAUGCUUCAAGAAUGGUGCUAUCGUCAUUGACGGUGAGGCAAUGGCCAUCUUACCUGCACCAGCUGUGGAACAAGCGAAUACUUCGGCAUGACAGAAAGCCGGUUCAGUGUUGAGCUACUGCCGCAUUGAUUGAAAGUACAAAAGCAAUUCAGUGUGGCUGAACUUCUACGUAUGGUUUAGUCGAACUGCUCCAUCCCUUUAUUUAAUAAAAAUUUAUCUCAAGGAAAUUACAUUGUAAACUCUAGAUGGAUAACGUUUACUUUUUCUCUCUUCUUUUUUUGGGCGGAUGAUUUCAAGAUUUCUUCAAUCAGCUCCGUUCAGAUUAUGGGUUCCCAAUAUUACAUCCAUGGAAUUCGAUUGUAAAAGCUGAAUUAAUAUACAAUUACAUGUAAA